CCAAAGGUCUCGGUCUCCACCGACCCCAACUCGAGCCCGCUGCUCCGUCCCUCGGCCGCCGAGAUUUCUCCGAUGCGUCGCAUUCGCAGUUACGAGGGCUCGUCUGCCCAUCCAUUCUCCGACCUCGGUGGCAGUAGUAACGCUGCUUCGACCCCUGACCCGGCUCACCACCAGCCACGGUCCGGGGCCGACAGCUUCCCCUUCAAAGUGCGUCCCUCGGCACCCCGGACCUUCAGCCGACUUCCUCCUCCGACAGACAUAUACGAGGACGAGAGCGACGAUGACGCCCCUCCCAUGGUGCGCUCUGUCUCCAUGUCCGAGCUCUCUACAGCACUCCCUCCGAUCGGGCCUCCACCAUCUGCUCCAUUGCCUCCUGUGCCCGGCUCCUCCGAUUCGCUCAAGAGACAAAAGUUUGUUCGCUACGCCCGCCGUCCUAUCGCCCCCGCCAGCGGCCCGCAGACCGUCUCUGUUCCGUCGUCGCCAGUCCUCAGCCGAGAGUCGCGAUCGUCCAUGUCUCAUGUGCGUCCCUCGCACCUGGCCGCGACUUCACCGCCGCUCUCGCUGCUCGCACAACACAUCUCGGCAACAUCGUGGUCAUCAUCAUCGUCGUCGUCGUCAAACUCUCAGUCGCCUCAGUCGCCUCAGUCGCCGCUUUCGCCACUGUCACCUCAGUCGACCAAGCCCCAGAGCUUGAUGCCCCCGGCAACUCCUCAGCUUGGUCACGGACGGCUCCCUCCUUCCAGCCACCAUCUGCUUCAUAGAACAAAGUCCACUGCCGUUGCCCUCCCGACCGCCAGCUCCGAUAUAUGCUCGCUCGACACGCCCACGUCCACAUCGUCACCAUGUCCUUCCUUUACGCCUCUCUCUCCCUCCAUGUCUGCGUCGGGCAUCACAGCCCUCUACGUGGCCACCAACGAGCGCCCUCGCCUGAGCGAUCUGCUACGGCCUCAUCUCGUUUCGAAUGAUGUGCUCCGCAAGGAAUACCCGGGUAUUAUCUAUCUGACCAAGAAGCUCAUCGGCUUCAACGACGAAAAUCUGAUCUAUCUGGCCACAUGGCCGCCAGCGCUACGCGUCUAUCAGUUCAACUCACCAAGGCUGCUCAAUAUCCCCAACAUUGACAUGGGUCGAUCGCCGAUAUCGAUCCAGCUCCGCAGAGCCAUCCUUAUCCGCAGCAGCCUGGCCUACCGCUGCUUUUACUGCGCUGCACGGAGCGCUGCCUUGGGCGAUUUGAUGAACGGACCAUACUACGACAAGGGCCCCGACCACGACCGGCCCAUCGUCAGCCCCUUCGACAACCGCUUGGACGAUAUGGAGAGCCAGGCCCUCACCCUCGCAUCCGAGGCCUCGACCAUCCCGGCGACCGUCACGAUGGACGCCAAGGCUUCGCUGCGAGAGCUCUACGGAGAAGAUGCGUACCAGCAAAUCGCUGCCAUCUGUGCCAGUGUCGGCUGGACCAACAUUUUCUCGGACUCACUUGGCCUCGAUCUCGACAAUACCUCCAUCGACCUGGGCGAGCAGUAUCUCUAUGAGUACGGGUGGUAUCCAGGCCGGUACCGACACACACCCGAGCCGAUGCUGUACAACGAGGAUCUGGUUCCCGGCCACAGCGAUGGCUCGGAGCAUUCGGCGACAGGAUCCGGUGCCCACGGAUCUCCUCAGAACGCACACAGCAGCCGGGGCCUGGCCUGGGCAAAGGAAAUGAUCAAGACCCUCAAAGUCUCGCAUGACAACAAUACCCUGGAGCAAGGAUGGCUGAAGGGAUUCCCAUCAGGACACCGCAAUCUCAACAAAUGGAUGAAAGAAGUCAUGGGCUUCCAGCCCACCUAUCUUGCUCAAGUGGUCAAUAAGGAGCUGAAGCGCUCCCUGUGCUUUACCCUCUGGCAGUUCAUGCUGCGCCCCGUGCACCAGAAGGACGACUGUACAGGCCCAAACUCUGCCUCGGAGUGGUCGCAUGGCGCGAAGGCCCUGAUGUGGUUCGUGUUUGCCACCGAGUCCAAGAAUGUCCUGCUGCAGGGCCAUGCUGCGUUCCUUGCACAUCGCGCCGCCAUCUCGAUCGAGACGCUCAAGCUUGCCGCCGCCCGCAUGUCGCUUGGCGACGAGCGCUUGGACAUGGCCGCACGAUGGGUCCGCCAAUAUGCGAGCAUCAAGCGCACACACUUCACCCCGGCAGAGUCGAUCCGCUUCAUGGAGAGCAUGGUCUCGCCUGUCGGGGUCAUCGAGCUGGUGUGCACGCUCGGCCUGGCCAACAAGAUGCACCGCUUUGCCAGCCUGGUGUCUCACGGCGACGGCAAGCACGUCUACUUUGAGCCGGAGAUUGAAGAGUUCCUCAGUAACAAGGGCCUGGAGCUCAACAUCCUGAUCCCGGCCGCGCCCAUCACGAUGCCGGUCCGAUGAGAACGGUCUUUCACUGGAUCGAUUCAUGGGCAGCCUCGACACUCUGCACUUCCGAUCGCCUCCGCCUUCUUGUUCGGCUGUAACCGCAUUCUCUCUCUCUCGCCUCUCAAGACUUUGACUUGCA